UGUUGCUCAGCAGUUAAGAGAGCAGAACACUGCCUGCUCUUCCAGAUAGCCCAGUUUUGAUUCCUAGCACCCAAAUCAUGGCUCACAACUGUCUGUAGCCUCAGUUCCAAAAGACUCAAUGACCUUUUCUGGCCUUCAAGGAUACUAGGUACACAUGCAAGUGCAUAGACACACAUGCAGCAAAACAGUCGCACAUUAAAACAAAACAAAAAUCCCACCAGUGGCAGCGCUUCUUGAUAGAUGUCAUGUUUGCUCUCAUCGCUUUCUUUACAGAUGAGGGAGCCAAAGCUCUGAGGCUAGAACAGCUUAGCUCAUGCCUUCCAGGGAGGAAGUCGCCUGUGAGGACGCAGUGGGCCUGGUGGGACAGUGCCUAGCCCCAGGCCGGACUUUCAGUGUUUGUUCAGUACCUGGGAACUGCCUGUGGCUGGUAAUCAAAGAACUGCCUUGUUCCCAGCCCUCAGCACAGGAAAUUCCAAGGCGGUUUCUAUACCGACUUCUCUGGCUUGGUCUCUGGAGGGUCCAGGUACUGAGAUGACUUGAAGAUGAAAUCAGAUAGUCCAGCCUGCGUAUCUGAGUCUCUCAGGGGUGGCUGCUCCUUGGAGUGACCUGGAUUGCUUUGGGCUCCAGUAGGCAUUUUCUUUGGCCCAUAGCCCUUACCCUGUCUCUGAAAUGGUUCUGGCUGGGUAACAAACUUGGGGAAUGGGUGGGGGUGAAAUCUGGUUUGGGGGCGGAGACCAGACUGAGAACACAGGUUUCCUUGAGUCUCAGCACAGAGAGAGGGCAGGAGAUUGGAGACCUCGAACCUCACUUGGGCAUUCUCAGUCCAUGAUGGUGUGGUCCCCACUGUUCCUUGGCAUCGUGGUCUUGUCUGUCUUCUCGGGGCCUGGCAGGACUGAUCGGGCCAUGCCCAAGCUGGCUGACCGGAAGCUGUGUGCUGAUGAGGAGUGCAGCUAUCCUAUCUCCAUGGCUGUGGCCCUCCAGGAUUACGUGGCCCCUGAUUGCCGCUUCUUGACCAUAUACAGGGGCCAAGUGGUGUAUGUCUUCUCCAAGCUGAAGGGCCGUGGGCGGCUCUUCUGGGGAGGCAGUGUUCAGGGAGAUUAUUAUGGAGACCAGGCUGCCCGCCUGGGCUAUUUCCCCAGUAGCAUUGUGCGGGAGGACCUCACUCUGAAACCUGGCAAAACUGAUAUGAAGACAGAUAAAUGGGAUUUCUACUGCCAGUGAGCUCAGCCUACAGCUCCCUGCGGUUUACCUUUCCGGCUCUAUGCAAAAUGCAAAUACAGCAACCAACUGCAAACUGUUUUGUCUCUUUGGUUUUUGGGGAUGGGUGGAGAUUUACAGAGAAAAUAUUUCUUAGGUUCCUGAAUCUAGCCAGUAAAUGUCUUGAAUGUGGUUACAUCAGCCGUUGCUAGGCAGCUUCACUUUGCAAGCCCUUUGCUCCAAGGUAAGGUCUAGCUAGGGGCGCCCCGACUCCAGCAAGGGAAUAAACAUUGCAAUUUACGCGUGCUAUCAUCCCUUGAGAAGCUGAACUAUUGUUAAUGAGCCAGUUGUAUC